GUCCAGAUACGUGUUAGGACCACCCAAGGAUACAUCUCCACGCCCACCUUCAACAGUCUUCUCUCCCUCUCGUGGCCGACAGAGGUUCAUAGACUGAGCUCUGCGCUCACCUCACAUAUUCACAAUGCAUUCGACGCUUGUGCGUCUCCAGAAUGUCUUUGGCUUCUUUACCACCGUCGCUUUCACGGUCGCGAGUAUCAUCGCGCUGAGUAGCUUCGUCUCGCCGCAGAACCCGACGGCCAGUAUAUCGCUGCGCAAUGUACAGGUAGUAAGAGGACGGCCGCACUACUACUCACCCAAACGGGAGGAGUAUGCGCAUGUCAAGUUCGAUCUUGACGCUGAUCUAAGCUCCCUCUUCAACUGGAACACGAAGCAAGUCUUCGUCUACCUCAAGGCCGUCUACCCCUCCACCCGUGCCUCCGAACCUCCCUCAGAAGCCAUCAUCUGGGAUGCCAUCGUCGCCUCAAAGUCCGCGCCCUGGAACCAAAACCACUUCAUCCACCCCGACCCCAAAUCCAAGCUGCCCAAGCAAUCUGCCAAGAAACGCGCUGCAUCCAAGCAGAAGACCGCGUCGCCGUACCCCGUCGGUGAACUCCACCUCGAUAACCAGAAACCCAAAUACAAGAUUACCGACAUCACCGGCAAGCUAGGAAACAGGACGGAUGUUACAUUGGAGCUGGGGUGGAACGUGCAGCCCUGGGUGGGAGCGCUGACAUGGACCAACUGGAACACGGUCGGUGUGUGGAAGGGUCUGGAGGGAGGCAGGAGCAAGGCAUUUAGCUUCCCGGAGGUGGGCGCCAAGGCAGCGACACCAAAGGACUUGGAGACUGAGAAGGGUGCUGAGGGCUACAGACUGGUUGUUGGUGAGGAGGUGCCGCUGAAGAAGGCUGCUGUUUAGAGAGACGGCGAGUAAGAUACCUGUCAAAAUGGGGAUUGGAAAAGGAGAUUAUAUUUGAUACCAAAUACGGAAUGACUUUUUGGGCUUGAUCAUAAUGAAAUGCGCUUCGAGGAACGUAUACUGAUGCUGGUACAGUUGCAUACGUUCAUGUGUUGCCGUGAUCUCAAUACAAGAGUUUAGUGAAAACGACCAGUUGUGUCAUUUAUUAGGAUAACUACGAUAUGAUAU